GAUCAGGACACUCCUAGUCCAUUAUGGAGGCGCCUUCGUCCUCCCCUACUCUGCAAGAUCAUCUCUCCCGGCUGACUGGCCCCUUGCAUCUCAAAGUAUGGGAGGUUGUAUGUGUUGCCUUGGGAGUGUUCAUGGUUGUCGUCUUCUUUUUUACUGUCUGGCUCACUAUGCGGAGUAGGAAGAGGACCAGACUAGCAUCUGCAAAUAUCCCAAUCACCCAAAUCCCUGCCAUUUCCAAGGAAAUCAAGGAAGUGAGGGUGGAGCAAGUCCCGGCAAGUGACUUUGGGGCGCAUGAUGGAGUCCUGCUAACGAUCCAAGACAAGCCUAGUGACCGGGAAUCAGACAAGGUCAUGGUCCAUUUGGGUGUAAGCAAAUCGAGACGUGGGGACGAGAGCCACUCAGGGUCAUUUCGUUGCAUGGACAAGGAUGCAGGCUUUCAAUCAGCUGAAGAAGGAGGGUCGGGAACUUUUCGGCAAGGUUCAACUCAUGGAAUAACUGCCCCUUCACCUUUGGUUGGCUUGCCAGAGUUCUCCUACCUUGGCUGGGGUCAUUGGUUUACUUUGAGGGAUUUGGAACUUGCUACUAACCGUUUUUCCAAGGAUAACAUUAUUGGUGAGGGUGGAUAUGGUGUAGUUUAUCGCGGCGAGAUCGUCAAUGGCACUCCUGUUGCUGUCAAAAAGCUUCUUAAUAACCUAGGGCAAGCUGAGAAGGAAUUCAGAGUAGAAGUUGAGGCUAUUGGUCAUGUCCGCCACAAGAACUUAGUCCGUCUUCUUGGUUACUGUGUGGAGGGUACUCAGAGGAUACUUGUCUAUGAAUAUGUGAACAAUGGAAACCUAGAGCAAUGGCUUCAUGGAGCUAUGAGUCACCGGGGCUCCCUUACAUGGGAGGCCCGCAUAAAGAUUCUUCUAGGGACAGCUAAAGCGCUUGCUUACUUGCAUGAGGCAAUUGAACCAAAAGUCGUGCACCGUGAUAUCAAAUCGAGCAAUAUUUUGAUCGAUGAUGAUUUUGACGCUAAAGUAUCAGAUUUUGGUUUAGCUAAGCUUCUUGGUGCUGGCAAGAGUCAUGUAACUACCCGGGUUAUGGGAACCUUUGGCUAUGUGGCACCAGAAUAUGCAAACACUGGACUGUUGAAUGAGAAAAGUGACAUUUACAGCUUUGGAGUUGUUAUUCUAGAGGCAAUUACAGGGAGGGAUCCUGUUGACUAUGGUCGCCCGACAAAGGAGGUAAAUUUGGUUGACUGGUUAAAAAUGAUGGUUGCUAGCAGGCGUUCAGAGGAGGUGGUAGAUCCCACCAUAGAGACACAGCCUUCGACAAGAGUUCUCAAGCGUGCACUUCUAACAGCUUUGAGGUGUGUGGAUCCAGAUUCAGAAAAGAGACCGAAGAUGGGUCAAGUUGUGCGGAUGCUGGAGUCAGAUGACCCAAUUCCUCGUGUGGACAGAGGAUCUAGGCAUAACCGCGGGGGUAGCACUGGAAUGGACUCCCAGCGGGACAACUCCGACACGGACAAGAGUGACAACCCAGAUUCCAAGCCGAGCAGGAGCAGAACAUCAUCUUCCAAAUGAGCACACACACAUUGACAUUUCUUGAACAAAUUAGUAAUGAUGGAAGCUUUGACUACGAAAGAGCUGAUGAAAAACAUGUAUUUUGUGUUGUUUCUGGAUGGUUGUGACAGUUUGUGUAUGAUUUAUUUGUAGAGGCUGGUUUUCCACUUAUCAAAGUGUGCUGCUGUAAGUUGUUAACAGUGUUGUGUACAGUUGUAGGCUCAUGAAUUUAACGCAAAGUUGUUGUCCGACAUCUUUUAAAA